AUAUGCACGGACGCAUCCAACCGAUCGUCUUCUUCGGCAUUGUACAACAUGGAACAAUUGGGAAGGCGAAUAAUUUGUCUAGCUGUGUUCGUCGUGUUACUCCGCACAACUAUUGCUGCAUAUCCGGGACUAUACUGUGACACUGUGAGUAAUCGUUGCCAAGAAAUACCCGGAUGUUACGAUCAGCUGCAGAUGGACAUAUUCGCUCUGUACAGCCAGUGUUUUGAUUUGGAUGUCGGUGUUUCCGAGUGUCCCGCCAAAUGCUAUCGUGCCUUGCAAGAAUUUGUUGCAAAGAGUGAGACACAUUAUCAAAUAACUGUCUGUGACUGCAGUCAAGAAGGCCGAUCGGGUAUCUAUCUCAACACCCAAAUGUGUCAGGCUACCCGGGGACUAUACCAGCCGUGUGUUGGCGCACUUCAAGUUGAAGAGUAACGUUCGGCAUGAACAAUUGACUAUAAUUGCACCAUAUAUACUUUUUUUUUUGUAUUUGUAUAUCGGUCAUUUUGUCAACAAAUUAUCAUUUCUUUGUCUUAAAUAAUGAAUGGUUUGAAUUUGGUGUUUACACGAACACUUUUCAAAAUAGUUUCCGUCGCGGUCCAGUGGUGCGAACCUUCAUAUAAGGUACACAAAUGAAAAUAACCAGAAUUUAUUUUGCAGUCAAUAUCGAGGAUACUGACAUUAAAAAGUUGAAGGUCACUAGCCUAUUUAUCAACUUUAACAACUUGUUGGUUCAAUUUAAGUGAAUGCCGCCAAUGUUGUCCGUAUUUAUAACAUUUUAUUAUUGGUUACUAUGGUGGAAAUAGUACGACAUUUUAGUCUCAAAUUGUAGGCUGGUGGGAUAGG